AUGGCAGCUUUACAGUGCAACUUAGAAAGUAACGAACUAUUAACGACCCCUUUAAUUGACUUUGGCAUCUAUAUUCAAAUGCCUGUAUACUUGGUAAUAGUUGGUAACCUAAAAAAGAACGAAACAUUUUGGGAAGACGAAUUAGAAUGUUCUCCAUAUGUUUUGGGCAUCAUAAAAAACGGUUAUCGUUUACCAUUUAAAACAAAGUCGUCAAAUUUUUUUGCUAAAAACAACGCUUCUAGUUUGAGACACAAAAAUUUUAUCGAGGACAGUAUUGAGGACCUUCUUUUGCAAGGUUGUAUCGAGGAAGACGAAACUAUGCCAUACUGCUGCAACCCGCUUACUGUAGCCGAAGGAAAAAACGGUUAUCACCACAUAACCAUACAAGAACAGGAUAGGACAUUUCUUGGUUUUUCAUGGACAUACGGCAAUGGGUUGACAAAAUUUUACCACUUUCUGGUUCUGCCAUUCGGGCUGGCUAGCGCUUGUUAUGUAUUCACAAAAGUUUUGAAACCUUUGAUUAAAAAAUGGAGAAAAAGCGGUAUCAAAAUCACAUUGUAUUUAGACCACGGUAUUUUAUGCGCACGAUCAUAUUCUUUAACAAAAUUUCAAGUCAGUCUUGUUCAAAACGAUCUACAUAAUUCAGGAUUUAUAGUUUAUUUAAAAAAGUCACAUUUGGAACCAGCGCAAAUUGGAACUUGGCUAGGAUUUAAUAUCGACACAACAAUAAUGGAGUUUUCCGAACCAAAACAGAAAAUUAUAAAACUUUUACAUCUCUUUUACAUCUAA